UGCUGGGUUUGGUCGGUAUUUGAAUUUUGGACCCAGGCUUCAGUCAAACAGCUUUAAGUGGAUUUAAUUUGUCACUUUUUGAUACUGAUGGCACUUCAGAAUGAAUUCUUGUAAAAAAAAUGCCUCGAUGAGCCGUUCCAUCAUCUUUUCUCACACUUUCAUUUGAUCCAUUUCCUCCCUUUGAACACACCAGUCUCCUCCCCCGUCCUCCCCUUCGUUUUCACUCCCCUCGUCUUCAUUGCGCUCCUCUCACAAAGCUCAGCUGUUGUAGUGAUGUGCCGACGGCCUGGAUUCCUCUCCUCCUCCUCCUCCUCCUCCUACUCCACUGUCUCCUUGCCGACUGUCCAGCAGGGACUCUGUAGGAGCCCCGGGCGGGGGAUCAACAGUGAAGAAGAGCGGCUGUGCUCCAGAAGGAGAGGCUCAGUGAAAACUGAAUGUGAAGGGAACCACGAAGGUCAUGAUCAGCUGGCCCAAUGCAACAGCGUCCGGCCAUGAGGAGCUGGACCUGAAACCUGAUCAGCUGCAGAAGUCCAAAUGUGUCCUGGGAUUCAUUCCUGUCAUCUACUACAGCAUCCUGCUCUGUGUGGGAGUACCAGUGAACAUCCUGACGGCGGUGGCCCUGUCCAGGCUGGCGUCCCGCACUAAGAAGGCUCUGUACUACUACCUGUUAGCCAUCACAGGCUCAGAUAUCCUCUCUCAACUCUUCAUCAUCUUUGUGGGCUUCUUGCUGGAGACGGCUGUUUUCCACCGUGACGUUCCCGUGCUCCUGCUGCAUUCGGUCAGUGCUGCAGAGUUUGCUGCUAACCAUGCCUCCAUCUGGUCCACCGUCCCCCUCACAGUGGACCGUUAUGUGGCGCUGUGCCACCCUCUCAUCCAUCGACAGAUUAGCUACCCAGAACGAGCCAGGAAGAUCAUUGGCGCUGUGCUGCUGCUGUCGCUGGCAUCCGGUGUUCCUUUCUUCUGGUGGUCAGACAUGUGGAGGAACAGCCACCCUCCCACGGCGCUGGACACCAUCCUCAUAUGGACCCAUGUGACCAUCAUCUACUUCCUGCCCUGCAGCAUCUUCUUGCUUCUGAACUCUCUGAUUAUCCACACACUGAGGCAGAGGCAGCAGCCCUGCCAGGAGGAGCGUGGACGUCCCAGACGACUCGGGAAGACCACGGCCAUGCUGCUGGCCCUCACCUCUGUCUUCUCAGUCCUGUGGGCCCCCAGGACCGUUGUGGUCAUCUACCACCUGUAUGUGUCCUCAGUCCACAGAGACUGGCGUGUCCACCUGGCCUAUGACCUGUCCAACAUGCUGGCCAUGCUCAACACUGCCGUUAACUUCUUUCUGUACUGCUUUGUGAGCAGGCCAUUCCGCAGCGCUGUGCGGGACAUCCUGCUGCUCCGAGGGGGGCCUCUGGACCCUCACAGGGCUCUGCCCCAACAACAGGCUCCGACCAACGCCUCCAUCUCCUCGCUGUGCAGUGGGAACAACAAACGCUCGCAGCGAGACUCAAUCCCUCUGUCACCUCACAGAACAAGAAAGCCUUCAUGACCUCAUGAUCACCUCCUCCAUUAAUCUAAAACACCCGCCGUCCCACGGUCCUGGUGCACUUUGGACCUUGGGGACUAAACCCUGCGUUCCAGGCACGACCGUGGACGGCAGCCAGUCGGCCUGCAUCGGUCUCACAGGAACCCAACUCAUGGUUUUUGUCUUCUGUGACCUAGACCUGUUUGUCCGCUAAAUCAAACAAGACCACUAACUAUUUAUUUUUCCAACAAACUAUUUGACCAAAUGUAGGGCGAUAUUUUUCCUUCUCCAUUGAUGGUGGUUAUGUGAAAACUGUUUUAUUGUUCCCUUGGAAGAAAACAGCUUUUAUCAGAUUUACUCUGACCUCAGAGUUCAGCAGGACUUUAAAUGAUUUGUUUGCUUGAUACUAGAUGUGAUGAAGCAAUCUAUCCAAUAAAUAAAAGAAAAACAAUUUCAGUUGGUUGUUUUUUAAGUAUCUGUGGCUGAUUGAAGCCACUGAAAUGGGGAAAUUGUCCUCUGCAGCUCGAUCUGUGGAACAAAUCCCAAAGAGAAGACUCUGUUCUUCAAACAGCCACCCUGCUGCAACUCCAAGCAGCAGGACUUUAGCUCCAACUGAACAAACUGCACAUCAGCCGGAUGGUGCACGCUCUCACGCAUGCAUGAAUGUGUACAGUCAGCUGGUACAUUUCUAUUUACACUGAACACUGAAUCAGUGAAGCUUCAUGAAAACUGCAUCAGUUCAAUUCAAACUACCAGACAAUGACUGAAAACCGUGACUGUAAUGCCACAUCUGUAUCCUGUAACAAGUGGAAAUGAUUUGUUUUUACUGCAGAGCUUGAGCUCUGCUCAGUCAAUAAAAGUUGAACUUUUUUAAUUCCUUGAAAGUUGGUUAUUUUAAACCUCAUUAAACCAGACUUUCACAAUCCUUACAAAAUAUGAACAACAAUUAAUGACCUUUUGAUGUAUCCGAGAAUGUUGGGACUUUUCACAUUCUUUAAACGUGUUUCGUUUUUUCAUAAUUCUUCAUUUAUAAUCAGUUUUGCUCUACAUUAUCUGAUGCAGUCCACUUUUUUUGCUGUCAUGGUUCCUCCUUGGGUUUACAGCAACAGAAAAACACAUUCACUCAGCUCAUAAGGCCCAGUGUCGGCCCCAGUUGGGUUCUGAGAUCUGCCGCGUGCUGCCUGACAGUAACAGAGAACAAAUUUAUCAGAGCAAAGGAAGUGAAAGAAAGAAUAAAACACCUACAAACAUAAUGAGGUUAUGAUCUA